CUAUUAGCUAUUAUUAUAUUGCUAUAUUUCAGGAUUAGAAGUCAAUAAAAAGUCUUUCAGUUUUGGAUCGAUUUAGUUCAUUUAAUAAAUUCAAAGUGAAAAUUAAGAUGGUAUCCUUAAUAUACUAUAUUUAUUUCUUAGUCUCGCGAAUACUCUAAUUUAGAUUCGAGACGUGAAGGUUGAAUGAAUGACUUUUGAGAUUAACACGAACCGAGUAAUGGACACCGGGGUGUCAUAUUUCAUUUCGGAAUAGUUAUUACGGCAUUGAAGAUUGGCUGCUGAUUACGUAAUUCCAGUGUUAAAUAUAACCUCCUUAUAACAGACAUACUUUGUACCUUAUGAACUCCUUAUAAAUUAACGCUUUACUGUAUCCUAACCUCAUAACAAAAGAUAAAGCUCAUUUCUUUGUAAAUACAUACGAAAAGGUUUUCCUCGUACAAAUCUGUGAUGUGAAACUAAUUGAGUUAUACAUUCAUCACUCGGAGCGUCUUCAAUGUAACUCCCGUUGAUAUCGCGUCAAAAAACGGAUUAAUGGAGACUGCAGAAUACUUUUUAAGUGACAGUUUCCUUGAUAUGGGUGAAGCGGAGAGAGGAAAAAGGGAAGCAUUUGAGUUACUCAAAAAAGUUAAUCAAGAUUACUUCUUAUUGUCUGUUUUAAAGAAGAUAUGCAUGAUAUUUACAGGAAUCUCAGUCUAUCAUUUAAGAACAUGUCAUGUAAAUAAGUAGAUUGUGUUAUGCUUGAAUAUUCAGGGAAACGACUUACGGAGGGUAUACAUAACAUUGCUUAUUUACAGGGAAAUUUCCAUACAAAUGAACUAGUAAAUAUGGUUAUCUAUUGUAAACACAGAACGUAUAAGUCGACGACUGUCAACUUCAGAUAUACUGGCAGAUAGCGCUGAGAUAGGAUAAGUUAGGUAAUGUGACGAUGAAAAUCUUGAACUGACGGCCACAACUAUACCUUGGUAGGUAUACGUCCACAUUACGAUCGCUAAUGUUCUUGAUAAUCUAUUAUUUCGAUGAUGGUCUGAUUUUCCCUUACCUAUAUCUCAAAUUAUUAUCGGUGUAUUACCAAAGAAUAAGCAUUUACGCAAUAACCGUAGCUUCAAAGGCUGAGAUCCAAAUUGUCAACGCAAUAUUUUCGGAAUUUCGAGAAACCUUAUACGAUGCGUAAUCAGAUUUCAGGCAUACGCAAAAGCAACACUUUUCUUAAUACGCUUAAAAAAUAAUACAUAGCAGAGGCAAAAGCUGGCAAACAAAAACUGCGGCGAAAAUCUUUUCAGAAACGUUCCUUUGGUUCUCCGCUGUGGAUGCUUGAAUUUUCCCUUUAAAUCGGAUUUAGAUUUUCCCCGAUCGCUGAUUUCGAAGCGGUUCCUUUUAUUUAUCCAACAUUCAAAUUGAUGAACACAAAUAAGAAUUUUAUCGUUUAUCUUGAGACGCAAAAGCGGUGCUUUAUCAUGUUCGAUCCUUUGCAAUCUUGAUGAUUCAAGAUGGUACGAGCAUAUCCUUCAAUUAUCUGAGGCGGUGUGACUUCUGUUAUGUAAUUAGGGAUCAGACGCACUUGUCCAUGUUCCCUGUCUAGUUAAGAGUCCCGACUCCCUCACGUCACGUCCAACUAACGUAUCAAGGUUAGGAGGGUCCCAAUCUAAGAAUAGAAACUGAUACGUGUCUCCCUAUACUGUGAAGUCAGGAUCAUAUCAAAUUGAUAAUAUGGAAUUUAUCGAUUUUAUUAUGACGUAAAUAUUUUUUCUGAUCAUAUUCUGUGAAGUUAUCACGAAUUAUAGGUAUUUCUCAGAAAUUGUUGCGCGUAGUAUGCACCAUGCAGUUUACCCUGACUCGAAAACUUCAACCUCGAAAUAAACAUGAUCUUACGCGAAAUUUUCGUUACGUCACCAGCGUCUCCUAUUUUGAGCCGUGGAUCGUGGUCGUUUAACAAGCUUGUGCUGUCAAGGCCAGCCGAACCGGACAGCUCCAAUUAUCCACUGAAGACUCCCGACUCUUAGCUCACGAGGCGGCGACGUGAUAACCGAUGGACCUCGGGCUCAGGAUAUUCCACGGCUUACAAUAUUUGAUACUUGGGUCCUAAGUUUACAAGAUGUAUGUAUUAUGUAACUGGGAUUGAAUCGAGCUAUUCAUAAUUUUAUUAAGGAGUUGUUCCACAGUUGUACUAUGACUACAGCGACUACUAUUAAGACAAUAAUGCUGUCUCAAAGUUACACUAGCAUUUAUAUAUGCCCAGCUUCAGGCAUCCUUUAAAAGGCUUAUUUUUUGUCUUUAUCUACACUUUCAUUUGUUUCAAGCUCGUUACUCUCAUUUGUUCAGAGCUUAAAAUGCUAUUUGAAUCACUUAAAACAAAAUCUAUUUUUGGGUAAAGAUAAAUACUCGAGUACCUUUUAUAACCGUGAAUAUUUAAACCAAGUAACAUGAUUAUAUUGGAUUCCCUCAGCUGUAAUGAGAUAAGUAAUUCGCGUUCAGGCAACACGUAAAACAUGUACGUAAUGGGGAUAAUACUUUGCAAUAUUUGUUGGGAGGCUACUCAUAUGGGUAUUUCGUUGGUUUCAUCGGUUUUUGUGAACACUUAAAAUACUCGAUAUAUGUACGAGUAUACUAUCGGAUAUUGGUCGAGUGUCAGCUUCCUCUGAACAUCACAGCCAAGUUUUUUUUUUUCAAAAUUGGUCAAGCCGCUUAAGAGUGGAAUAGUAACAGACACAUUUUAACACACUCAGUUUUGCUUAAUGUUAAUAUGGUGGAGUGCCGCCAUUUUUAUAAGUUUUUAUUGAUAAAUUAAACGCGAGUGUAUAUGUAGAAGCAUGCUUAUGUAAAUACUUUAGUUGUUACGUAUAGAAUUGUUUUAUUAUUGUUGUUUUCAUGUUGAACAAUUGACGAGAUUAAACGAGAUUUAUGUAGGGUAGAUUAAUUCCUACGUGUUGACUAAAGGAAUGUGUAUUUGAUAGGACGGAAACCAAUGUUGUGCGUACUCUACCUUCAUACUCUUAACAUAGACCUAGAAAAAAAAAAACGGAAGUUUUUAAGCUUUUAACAAAUAGCCAAAAUCUAGUUAUUCCAAACAAUUUUCUGACCGAUUGCAAACGCUCAAAGGUAAACUGUAAUUUCCUAACAAAAUCACCUCCGGUGCGAACGAACCGGGUGUUCAAUUAACAAACCCUCGUACCUAGUCACCAGUGUCGGUUCGAUGCUCGGCACAAAUUGAAACUCGCAAUUUUUAUUGGUCAGCGACGGGUACGGGGCGUAAAUCUCGGCGUGCAAGCGAAGCCGGAUUGGCGUCCAAAGGAAAAUGUUACGAACGAUGUCGACGGAAAACUCGUUUAAUUAAGAAUUUGUGGGCCUUUUUUGUUGCCUUUUGUUUUGGCCACGAAUAAGCCUCUUAGCUUGGUGCUUUGACUAAGAGGAUCAUGAAGAUCGUAAAAGCAUCACAUUUUAUUUUCUAGCUUCAAUAGUUAUACAUAUUUAUUUUUUAGCGAAAUAAUUUCAAAUGAAUAAUAUCCACAUUUGCUACUACCGAUAACUAUAUUUUAAAAUAUACCUAUUCUCAAAAUAAGCUCGAGCUAAAGUUAAUUCGCCCCAAAUUUUCACUGAGCCAAACUCAAUAUUUAUGUUUUUGAUCGUCACGAAUUAUGAUACUAACAAUAUUUUCAUUUAGGUAUAUCUUUUGGCAAAUUCAUCGUUUUAUUAAUUACAUUCUAUUCAUUGAAAUCUAAACCGGUUUAGUUUCAGUUUCCAAAUAAAGGGAAAAUUCCCAAAAUAACUUCUUUUUAUGGAUUUGCAAAUAAAGAUUUUACUGGUUCGAUUGCUCCAUUAAACAUUUAUAAUUUCGGUAGUUGGUGUGAAAAAAGCAGUUUAUAUUUGAAUAUAGAUCAAUUUGGAUGAAUUGAUUACGGAACGAUUACAGCUUGAUACUGUUCUAUCGAGCGGUAAUCGAGUCGUAAUCGAUUGUCGAAAACAUGUAACACGUCACGCGAUGAAAUUAAUUUUGAAACGUAUUUUUUUAGAGAAUUGUGAAACUGUUUGAUUUUCUAUGGUUACGAAUGUUCAUUCUCGUAUUAGUUUUAUUUCUAAUAUUAUGUAAAAGUAUGUAGUAAUUUAUUUAACACUCGGCUGCUCACGAAACGGUAAUAGCUUCUAGUUACAUAUUCAAAUAGCUGAACCCUAAAUCAACUGAGUAUGUAUUAUCGCCUCACAUAGUACCAAAACUAGCAAGUAAUUACAAAGGCCAUACAUUGAAAAUAGGUCGGCUACCGGCCGCAGCGAGCCCAGGUGUUAAUGUACUAAAUGCUUCUGUGUAUAACGUGUGAGGAUUAGAGGAAGCUGCAGAUAUAUGUGUAUUUAGACAUGUAUGUAGGUUGUAUUGUGUUUAGUUGAUUGUGUAUUAUGGGGAAUUAUUUGUUUUGACAGUUACAUAAAUGGAAUUUUACCUUUUAAUUUGAUCAAAAGUCACUUUUCAUCUAUUGGAUGUAUAAGGGAAUUUUCCGAUCAAUAAUAAAUAAUUCAAGACAAUUUUAGCCCCGUGCUUCAUAUAAGAGUGGAGCUCAUCACGGCUUUACGCCAGUCAAAAACGUGGAAUUUUGUAACUCCCUUUAUUAAAAUUUAGACAAGACAUAAACUGAAUAAUCCUACGACUGUUUUGGAAUCACUUUAUAGUUCAUUAUGUUUACGACAAAGGUCACGCAAAAACAUUACCAUAUACAGUACAGCACAGUAAUUUCCAUUUCCGUUCGAAGCCCUAUAUUAAUUCAAAUCGGUUUCAUUAUUCAGUGUCAUUACACCUAGCUGGCAUUGGGGCACUACCACAUACUCUUUAACUAAAACUCUUGCAUUUGUGGAAAAGAGAUAACGCUCUACGUCACGUAGUAUUGAGUCCCGUUUCCUCAACCUGCAAUAUUCUCACUUGAAUACGUGGUCCUCGAUUAACACAAGUGUCCAAUAAACAAGUAUGGUCGAUGUACGAUAUGUUCUGUUUACAUACAGAUAUACCUUUUUACUAUAUGUGUUGUGGUGAUUUUAUCGUGGCUAACGGUAGCUUGUUUAGUAUACGGUUUGUGUGUAUGUCUGGUCAUUAUAUUGAAUGGUUAAACUAUUCGUUUGGAAUAUAUUUUCAAUUUGUUAUAAAGGUGUGAGAGUUGGAUGAGUUCAGAAUUUGCAACUGAAGUCGACACUUGUGUUGGUAAAAACAUUACGGUUCGUAAAACAUGAAAAAGUGAUCUAAAAAUGUGAAUACUCUUUUAUCUAUAGGUACAUUUAAAGCAUCAUCUAAAUUGGAUUACGUAACGACUUAAAAAAUAAAUGUUACUAAUUUGAUCACAACUCGCUAUCACGAGAAUUGUAUGACAGUCAUAAACUAUAAAAAUAGUAUCACUUACACCACUAAUACCUAUUUUUUUAGUAUGUUUGUUUACAAAUGCUUUACUGCAUAACGUUAUAUCGGUCUUGCAAUGCAGCAUCAAAACAUUAGGGCGUGGCUUCGAGAUACAUCGCGUGAAUUAGCCGUGAGCCGGCCGAGUCGCCAGUCGCGAUCCGGUCUCCUGACGCAACGAACGUCUGUAACUUACCACGAAUUAUACAUUCACGUGCACGUGAAUUCAUUUGUGCUAAAUAAUAAUAAACUAACUGGAUUGUGUGUUCAGUGUUUGUGCAGUGAUACUCUCGGCCAGUCUUUUAAACAAGAUUGAGUCUCGAGGGUAGUUUGUGAGUGUCGCACCGACGAUCAAGUAUUUACUGUAACCAAUUCCGUGUAAAGUGCGUGUUAUACGAUGCUUUGUCGGAAAGCAUAAACGAGUAUAGUACAAAAGGAUUGCAGUGUUAUAGGAUAAGUUGAAAAACAUGGUUGUGUAAGUGGAAGUGCAAGGGUGAGCCGCCGGGAACGGUAGUGUCGGAAUGUACGAGGUGUCGUGCGUCGCCGGCAACAAAGUAGACGCUGCCUACGCAGUCAAGAGCCUCUCGAACGUGAUACCACCAGGCAUGGGGCACACGGUGUCCGUGCAGCGCCACCACGCGCACUCGCAGUCCUACAAGCACAAGCCGGAGCUGCCGCCGCCGGUCAGCAAGCCCGACGCGCUCAAGUCUCAUGUCAUGAGACUCUUGAAACGGUCCAAGAGCCACACGCCAGCCACCAGGGCCGCAGAAAACCAGAGCGAUCCGCGAAACUUUGAUCGCAGGACCGUGUUUGCGAGGCCCGUGGUCGAUGAACAGCGUCGCCGGAGGAACUCGGCUGAACGCCGCCGUAGUGGCGACAAGAGAGUGAUGGUCACCAUAGUGGACGGUCUCCCGGUUGUCGUAACCGGACAGAACCAGGUGCCACAGCCGCCGCAGCACCCACCGCCGGUCACACCUCACCAUCGGCAUACGCACAAGAUGGACUUUGUUCGCUGUCUCGCUCAGCCGCCGUACAACGGAAUGUUUCUAUCAUAGGAGUGUUUUGCAUUCCUCUCGGUUCUCGGAAACUGUUCCUACUUUGUAAAUGGAAAUGAGAUCAGUUAUGCUAUUUGCAUUCGAGAUAAUUUCUGCUAACGAUGAGUUAUUGAGCUUUGUAAAGACCUGAAGUAUUAUCUCGUUCGGUUCACUUUGAAUUACAGACUUGAUAGCUAAUUUCGUUUCUGUCUAUACCGAUUUGCAUAAUACAGUGGCUCUAGGAAUCGUUUCUUGACCUUGACUAUUUAUAAAUGUAAAUACUUUAGUUUCGAAGAAACUAAUUUCUUCGUCCUUGAAAGCAGCUUUGCUCACACACAAUUAUACCUAUUCGUGGUUCACUAUCACGAAACCAGUAAUACAUGGACAUAUAAAACGAAAUGCCGUAUUACCCACAACUAACUACUUUGUGACAAAUUAGAUAUCGAAUCAACGUCACACGGCACACCGUUCUUGAAGAAAGUUCUUAUCAACGUACUGGUUCUAAUGAUAAUAUAAUCACACUUGUCGUUAAGCGGCAUGGGCUACCGGUAUCAGUACAUGAUUCUACAGUAACGCUACACUAGUCAGUUGAACUGUCGAGCAAAGUACAGGCAAUCGAAUUUUAAUUCUAUCUUCUCGUUUCGAAAGCAGUUUUCGUAUAUUCAAGAAGUAAUUCAGUUAGAACGAGCUUACGAUUACGAUAGUAUUUACAACUGUGACCUUUAACAGGUAUUGGGUAGGGUUUAUUACUUUAGUCACGUUGAGUAACUGGUUGCUUUAAGGAAUUGUGGCCGAGAAUUUACGUUUUGUAUACAUUCUUGUUUUCUACUGGUUUUGCUAUUCUGUUUUGGUUUUACAUUGAAUUUUCUUUCGUGUCACUGAGGCAUGGUUUAUGAUUCUUGAAGUCCGUUGUCUUUCAGUACUCACUUCGAUAUUAAUUAUUCAGCAAAUCGAAAACAUUCACGUCACCUUUUUGAAGGUGGUUGAUCGGUUAUCCAUUAGGCAUAAAUAUUAUAUGCGAUUGUUUAACUGACGUCAUGGCCAGACUAUCGAUUGAUUCUCACUCAUUCUAUAACCUCAGUCUAUGCAUGCGUAACAUUCUCUAUCGAUAGCGUCCAGUUCUGGUAUUUAGGGCAAACGCAGAUAUAUUUCGAUGCCAUUGAUACAUUUCGUAGGUUAUCUUAUCUAACACUGUAGGGGCGUACCAAUAUGCUAAGGUAGCAAUCGUAUUUAACUAUUUGUUC